AUUAGUAUUCUUAAUGUUGGUAGUGCGUAGGUUGCUGUCAUUCGUGUUCAACAAAAAUUUUUAUUUAUAACAAAAAUGUUAAUUUUCUCAUAGAUUUAGUUAAAACAUAGCUUGUAAUUGUUUUCUCGUAACAUUAAAAUGAUAAAAUGAGUGUAAUCAUUGAUUUUAUCCUUCAACAGAUCAAUAACCAAAUGGAUACCCACACACCAUAUUCAAACUUACUAGGACAUUUUAUGAUAGAAAUUUGACAUUUUUACGUAAAUUAGAUGCCACCCACAGCUAAAAUGAGCAGCGGAAACAUUGUAUGUCCUGUGUGUACCUUGUUCCUGAGGCCAGGAAUGACUUUGACUUCCCAUUUAGGAAGUCAUCCAAAACAAAAAGUCAUUGAGGCUUUGGUACGAAUAUCAUUAAAUCAAAGUACAGGAUGUAGAGACUUAGCUAUUAUUAAUACCAAUGAGAAUGUACCAAACAACAACAUUGUUGCCAAUCAUGAGAGCAAUGGUACACAAACAUUCUUAGAUGAACCUGUUCAACAAAAACCUGAUCCAACACAAAAUUUUGGUGUUGUAUCUGGGAAUCAUUCCUUUAUUUAUCAACAAUUUAUGAGUACGUCUAGUCAGCAAUCAACGCAAACUGUUUUAAAUGGCAACCCAAUGGCUCCUCAGUACAUUACUAUCCCAACAGUAUUUAGUCCUCAAAUGGCACAAUUGCCUCCAAUGGCUCAAAUGCCUCAAAUGGUAUGCUCCCCUUAUGUGUAUCAACAACAGCAAGUUAUAAUGUCGUCAGGACCUUCUAUGCCUCCAUUACUUCCUAAGCCUGUGCCUAUUUCACAACACAUGCAUGUUCCUCCAAUGCAUCCACCUAUACUACCACCAGCUAUUGAAGCCCCUGCUAACUCCUAUGAUGAAAGAGAUGGCUACAUUUUAAUUGAUAAUGAUAAACCUAGUUGUAAUGAAACCGUUGUAAGACCUUGUUCACGGUCUAGUAUAAAUAGUAUCAUUAUGUCUCCAGUAACUAGUUGUCAUGAAGAUUACAGAAGUCAAGCUUCAAUGUCUCCUGUUUAUUCUCCAGACUCUCAAGUGGAUACAACUAAAGAUGAGUGUAAUGUGGAAGAUAAUUGUAAAAAAGAAGAUCCAGUUAAAAAUGAUGAUGAUGAGCCAUUUCUGACUAAUGAAACAGUUGAUAACAAUAAUGGUGACUGCAGUCAAAAAAACUUAGAAAGGUUUGAAGAGGAACAAAAAGAUGAAAAAGAUGGGGAUGCAAAUGUUCCUUUGGAAGCAGUUGAUUUGUUUGGGGGUGAAGCAAUACAACCUGAUGUUAUCAUCACUCAGAAAAGUAAUUGCCCAUCAUCUGAUUACUACAAUAGGGAAGGGGCUCUCAACACAUCUAAUUGUGUAGAGAUUAACAACUCUUACAAUCUUGAAGAUCCUGUAUUUACGAUAUCGAAUGCUUUUGGAGAAAAUGAAGCAGGAAACGUAAGUAGCUUGGAUAACAUUAAUCUUAUUUUACCUCCCGACUUUACGAGCGGUCAGUUUAUAUCCCGUGUAGAAGAUUUCGAAAAUAUUCAUCAAGAUGACAAGAGAAUUAUAAUGAACAUUGGAUGUAUGGAUAAUAAUAAUUCGGAAAGAAUUAUUGAGCAUUUAGGCGAAGAAAGUAUAUCGCAGGCCAGUGAAAAUGUCAGCAUAAGAGCUGACGAGCACAUGCCUGCUCGGGGUGAGCUUUCAGGCCCUGAGAGUAAUGGAGCGGCCAGUGAUACCGUUUGGGGUCGCCUUAACUAUGAAGGAAACUCAAGAAUAUCGGCAUCUUACGAUACUUUACAAGAAUCGUGGGACGCUUCUGACGGAUCUUUUACAGAUGUACCUCCUUUGCAAAGUAGAAAUAUUGCUGGUAUAGAUUGUAGACCUGAUGAAAAUGAUGACUCACCAACCGUGAUUAGUGUAAUUGCACCACCCAAAAACUUCAAAUGUUCUAUAUGCGGAGAUGCUUUCGAUUGUCUCAAAGAACGUCGCUUGCAUCACAGAUUGAAACACAAAGGAGAGAAUGAGAGAAACGAUAACAAGUCAUCAAAAGAAGCCGUUGCAAUCACUAACACAGUUAAUGUAGUAGGAGCUAAAAUAGGCACAAAGAAAACAAAGAAGCUUAUUAUUAAAUCAAAGCCUACAACUACUGAAAAUAAUUUCGAUAAUGUUUUUACCAACAAAAUUAGAAGCCAACAGCAACAGGAUGAAGAAGAGUAUAAAGAAGAAUCAGAUGUGUUGCAGUCUCCUCCAAUCAAAGAAGAAGACGUGAAACUUAUUAAAACAGAACUUGUCAGCUGCCAUCUUUGUGAUAGAACUUUUCCAUCAAUUAAACUGCUAAAGAGCCACAGUUCCCUAGAGCAUAAUUUAAAUAUGAACGUCGAAUCAAAACGACAAUGUGCUGUAUGCGAAGAAAACUUUCAGACUGAGUCAGAAUUUCAUAAACACCUCAUGAUCCACCCUUUAGAGUGUCGAAUAUGUGGCAAGUGUUUUUACCGAAAGCAAAAUAUGCAACUCCACAUGAAACGGCAUUUAGGAAUACGUCCUUACAAGUGUGACAUAUGCGGUAAAUCGUUCUUGACGAAACAAAAAUGUAGCGAACAUAGGAAUAUUCAUACAGGAGAAACGCCAGUAAGGUGCCGUUUAUGCAACGAGACUUUCAAAAGGCAUUCAAAUCUUAUCCAGCAUCGUAACAAGCACCAUUUUAACGUACCAACCAGAGUGAAAAGAGAUUACAUUUGUUUUUGUGGCGAAGUUGUUCACUCGAAAAAAAAACUAGCGUGGCACAAAGAAAUCCACGAGAUGAAACCUAAAGCCUGUUUGUAUUGUUCAGAAAAGUUCGUGCAUUCGGCUAGUUUAACACGGCACAUGCGCCGUGCGCACAACCAACACUUUGUACCUGAAAAGGACCGCAGUUCUGAGAACGUAGAAUGUCCCAUUUGUAAAAAGAUCUACCUCCGUUCAUCUCUUGAUGCCCAUAUUCGUAGUCACAGUGGUCAAAAGUCGUUUACGUGUCCUGUUUGCAACAAAGACUUCACUACGAAGUGGAAUUUAAAACUACACAAGUGGACGCACGCGGCUCGAUCUUCGAAACCAUUCAAGUGCGAUCAAUGCAGAGGGGCCUUUAUUCGGGAGUCAGAAUACGUGGCACAUAUGAAUUCUCACAAGAGCGUCCGGCCAUAUACUUGCAAUCAUUGCGGUGCACAGUUUAUAAGGAAAUAUAAUUGUCAGCGUCAUGUGAAAGAACAUUUAUUAGGGAAAUCAUUUUCGUGUAACAUUUGCGGCAAAACGUUUCAUAGGUCGUAUUAUUUGAAAGAUCAUAUGCGGGUACAUAAUGGCACCAGGCCAUACGCUUGUCACGUAUGUGGAAAAACAUCGACCACUAAAUCGAAUCACAACAAACAUAUUCGUAUACAUCAUGCAAGAGAACCUGUUAGCACCGAAAACUAAUAUACUGCAACGCGUAUUAAUUUUCCCUUAAUUACAAGGCGUUUUAUAACGGGCCAUCCUGUGUAUGAUAAACAGUUUUUGAUGCAAUAAUUUAGCAGAAAAACUCAGGUUCAAAUUCUCAUCAUAUUAAUUUGAUGUAUGUUAUUAACCUAUUUAUGAUAUAUGAUUUCUAAUUGUAUUUUCUAGAUAGUUAGUAUUCAUUGCCGUUAAUUACAUAUAUUAUUGCAUCGAAAAACUGCCCCUCUAUUAAGAUUUCAAAUCUUUCCAACACUAAUUGGAUAGUUAUUUGGAAUAUCGCGUUUAGUAAAAAAGAAAAUUUUAAAAAUAUGUGCAAGAGCUUUUCUGAUUUUUUAAAACCAAAAAUUUUAUCCAACAAUUAUUGUUGUUCAUUUAUGGACAAUUUAUACUUUGUUGUUAAAUUUUCUACAGCAUGUUAAUAUACUUUGGGUUUUACCGAAAUAUAUACUUAUUUUUUUUAUAAGUAUCCUUUACAUUAGAAAUUUUACUUUUAGAUGUAAGUUGCUAGCGAAGUUCAGGAGAAUAUUUUUAUUACAUCAUUAUUAAGUGUUUAAACCACUUUAGUGAAAAUGUUUUAUUAAGUGAGGAUAAGACUGUUCAGCCGAAUGUGUAGAUUCCGAGUUUUAUAUAAUUUUUAACUUAUAGAUUUACAAUAAUUUGGGCAAGAUAAAUAUGUAACUUAAGGAAUUAUUAGGUUUAUUUCAAUGUCAUCCUUUUCAUUUAUAGAAAUAUAAUUAAUGUACAUAAUGGUUUAUACGAUUCAGUUAUAAAUAUAAAGUAAUUCCGUUUUUUUUUUAAUGGGAAUAAAUAUCAUUUUAACAGAUUUAAAUUAAGUAGUAGAUCCCGAAGUCUGUAAAAA